AUGGUUUCUCAUAAAAUAGGAAAUUGGUAUCGAAGUGUAGCAGGUGUUUUUAUGUCUCAGCCCAAAGAAUCCCACUUUUUAGAAGCAGGCACCAUGACUCCAGAAGAAUUUUUAAUUGCUGGUGACCAGCUUGUACAUAGAUGCCCCACAUGGACUUGGAAUGCAAGUGCCCCAGGCUACGAGCAAAAGCAUUUGCCAGCUGACAAACAAUUUCUUAUAACCAGAGGAGUCCCAUGCAGAAAGCGAAUAAAUGCAAUCGGAGAAAACGAAGUGGAAGAAAGGGAGACUGAAGACGGGUGGAUUGUUGCUGAGAUCCUCGGGCCUCGUGAAGAGCCUGAUGAAAUAGUCAUCUCAAAGGCACAAAUUUCUAACGAAGAAGAAGAAGUCCCUGAUUUAGCCGAUCUUCAAGGCCAAGAGCUAAUUGAUGAAAAUGCUGCAGAGCCUGCAGUUCUUUUUGGAAAUCAAUAUAUAAGUGCUGAAGAGCCAGUUGAAUCAAUAAUGAAAACUCGUGUAUAUGACCUUUCUGUAACUUAUGAUACUUAUUAUCAAACGCCCAGAAUGUGGCUUACGGGGUAUGAUGAACAUAUGAAUCCAUUAACACCUGAUAUGAUGUUUGAUGAUAUUAUGGGAGACUAUGCACAUAAAACGGUGACAAUUGAAAGGCAUCCUUGCUUAGGUACUGAUCAAGUAUCGAUACACCCGUGCAAUCAUGCAAAAAUGAUGAAGCAUUUUAUUGAUAUGCUGGAAUCAAAUGGGUCACAAGCUCAAGUGCACCAUGCGAUUUUUGUUUUCUUGAAGUUUUUAUCGUCUGUGGUCCCGACAAUUGAGUAUGAUUUUACGAUGGACUUAAGUUUAGAAUAA